GAUCAUUUGCGUAUGAAAUUAGUUUAGCAAAAUGGUCGAAGCGCCACCUAGCAUGCAGUUACCAUCAGGUUAUGACGAGGACUUUGUGUUUGAAGUUGAAGAUGAUUGUCUCUGCUUAAUUUGUCAUCUGCCGUUGAAGGAGCCAGCUCUUACAAGAUGCGGUCACAGAUUUUGCAAAGUAUACCUCGAGGAACAUUUGAAAAGGUACGCCUUUCUGACUUAAUUCUAUUGAAUGUUGAGCGUUGGAGUAACUUUGAUAUUUUGAUUAGUGGAGUAUGAGCUCCAGCACUGUGUUCCUGUCAACAUCUCAAUUUUACGCAGGUUACGGACAUUUCGUAAACGAACAAAGACGGACUUCAUUUUUUUACUCAGACGGCAGUCGCCCCAGCUUAGUCGAUUCAAUAGUUGAAGGCCAUGUCAUUCAAAAUGAGGAGAAAUAAAGCUAAAAGAUCUAUUAAUAUUGAAUAGAUUCGUGAACUUUAGGAAGCACUUUAUUGGUACAGUAGUCAGUUAAACUUGUUUCCUAUUUAUCAACUUUUGUAAUGAGAAAAGUGUUUUUCCUUCCUCUGUUUGGAGAUAAAGUAGCCAUUGUACUGUGUCAUGCAUCACUCAUCUAUUCAGGAAAUUCAGACAAUCUGGUUACAAGUGAUCCAUGCAUGGCAAUAAAUCAUGUUCACUCUGGCGUAACCUGGCCUUUCCAAAAGAGCAUAGCAGUUUAUAAAAUUUCUAACAUAGAUUACACGCUUCUGUGGAUCUAUCAUCGAAAGGCCUGUGCUUAGUCGUUAAAAAUUAGCUAUUAGUAGUCGCCAGCAAAAAAAAAAAAUAUCAUGGCGGAUGUAGUUGGUUGCAUGAUUCCGGCUAUUAUGUGUCGAAUAGGACAGAAACUUUGAGUUGUUCACAGCUAAGCUUUACAACUGGCAAACGUAACCUUAUACGUAAUUAACGGUUACUUUGCAUAUUUUUUUGUGUGUCGAUGUGAUUGGCCUUUUAUACGUAUGCUUAAAUGCUUUUAAGCGGGAGCACUUCACUGACUGGAACAAAACUUGAGUUUAACUACAUUUGAAAUUAAUUUCUUUAAUUUAGACAAAUUAGUUAACACUUUUUUAAAAACACACUAGCUUCUAACAGACUGGUAUUGACCGCGCUCAGUUUUGAUACGUAAUUUGCAUCUUUAUCUUUUCAUCUAUUUAUUUGUAAAUUUAUUCAUUUACACAUUUAAAUUAUUGCCUCUCACACCGACAAACAGACAAGAAGCUCAGAACCAGCCUUACACUUGUCCUGCAGAUAGUGAAGGCCUGGACCGAGACCGGGUAAAUAACUUUCAUUUACCUUGUAACCUCUGUGUCUAUUGCGUUUUGGUGUCGUCUAUUUUUUUACUCAAAGCUUGCAUGCAAAAUGAAACAUACAAGGUAAAACUACGAACAAACUAUUUAAUAGAACAAGACAGUCGCAUACACGCAUUAACAUUUGUUUCUAUUUAGGACAAUGUGAGAUUAAUUUCACAAGUAUUUCAGCAAUUCGAAGCAAGGCCAUUCUCGUCCCCAGAGCCCGUCGUUUCUUGGUCACGUGGUCUUGAAACGAAGUGUUCGUUACAAAUUAAGCCGAGUGGCUCUGGGGACGAGAAUGAAGCAAGGCCAUUUUCGAAUAAUAAUAAUAGAAUAAUCGUCAUCAUCAUCAUUACCACCAUAUUCAUAAUAAAGAUCUUACGUUCUAAUCAAACGUUAAAGCUUACAAUGUACUAAAGAAAUAUGAAAAAAAAAACUGUCCUUUGAGUCAAAGAGGCAUCUAUGAAUUUUGACAUUAAGAGAGCAUUUUUUAAAUUUCUCCGUGUUAAGACGUGUUCCACAGUUUUCCACGAUCAAUUUCUAUUACAACACUUAAAGAUUCAUAUUCGAUUGAUCUUGAACACUUCGUUUAAUUUUUUUUCUUGUUGUACUUCAGGAUGUAUUUCCUGACAACGCAACAGGAAGGAAAAUUUUGUCAAUGGUGAUCAAAUGUCCAAGUGACGGUUGCUCGUGGACUGGUGAGCUGAGGAACAAAGAGGUAACAAACCAAGAGCAUCAAUUAUAUCCAAGGCACCGGGUUGAUUCAGUUCGUGUCAAACAUGAUCAUUUCCAAAUUGAGUAUACCCCAGUCUCUUUCACCAGCUUUUAAAACUUACUAAAUCAAGUAUUUUACUUUUUAAUACAGCCCUACGUUUAUAUGUGCUACGCGUGCAUUAUGAAACGUGUGGAGGGGUGAAAAGGAAAUGUGGAGAGGUCAAACGUCAGAUUCGUACAGCCGGUUUGUAACUGGAAUGCGUGUACAAGUCGACUUUUGUGCGCCUGAAUCGUUUUAAUUUCAGGACUAAGUGUACACCACAACCUAGACCGGAAUCCGGGAAAUGUUUGCUUGUAGAAUCCGGAAUCCGGGAAAAUUUUGCUGGUGAAAUUGGAAUCUGGAAAACAACUCAAGGAAUCGGCAUCUGAAUCGGGAAUCCCACUAAAGCUUGAAAUCCAGAAUCCAAGUUCCACUUACAACGACUGUAAUCCAGUACAUGGAGGCUCAGUACUGUCUUGAAUUCCCUUAGCAUGGCGCGAGGGCCGGCUUUAGGCCCUCAAAAAGAAUUCCCUUGGUACAACAGACAAACACUGGCUCUCCGUUUAGUUUUGCACUAGUGUUGUUCAAAUAGGUAUAGUAAACUUCUUUAUGUUGUUAUUCAAGCAGAGAGAGUACGACCAUGGAGUAUACCAGAAGCCAUGCAAGCAAUGACCACUACACAACCGCGACCCCAAUUGCUCGUAUCGUACCCUAUACGCUUUCCUCUCUUAAUUCUGCAAAAUCUGUAUUAUUUCAAACAGGCUCACCUGGAAGCUUGCCCCUUCAAAAUUGUUACUUGUACCAACGAAAAUUGCCAUGUGACUAUAAAGCGGAAAGAUCUUGAACAACACGUGACAAACACUUGUGAUUGGAAGAUCCUAAAAUGUGAAUACUGCAAAGAACCACAUCCAGAGAGGAGCUUGAAGGUAAAAAGAAUUGAAAAUAACAAAACUACGCUUUCAACGAGGUCGCGUAUUUUAAACGAAGCUUCCUUUUGCCGUAGUUUUUACAGCUGAUGACCAGUGAAACGCCUCUUUCGUUUGAUCUUGACUUAGCUCAGUUUUGAGCUAAUAUUAGCCUUUCACUGGCUUGUCCGCAGGUAGCACUGUUUACCUCAAACGUGGCUACACUGCAGUCAAAUGCCCCAGGCAGUGUUUUUUCUUUUAGUUAAAAACGUUUCUUAAGUCAAGAUCGUCCGUUGGGUCAGACGUCGAAUAACUUAGGACCAGUCGAACUAAUCAACUGAAUCAGAUCAGUAAUUCACAAUUAUUGGAUGAGGUUUCGCAAAAUAUAGUGAUGUGUGAUACACUGAAAAAUCACGAUAUUUUGCGAUAACCGAGUUUCAUAAUUCUUUUAUUACUCGAUCACGGAGUUUGUUUUUCAAUUAUUUGCGAAGCGAUCUGCCAAUUUCAAGCAGGAGCGAUCGCAAGAAGGAGAAAAACGUGGUUUCACUUACGCAUGAGCAGAAUAUCAUUUGUAUCCUAACACAGUUGGACGUCAUUGCGCAUGAGCAGACUAUUAUUUGAAGGCCGUCAUUUACAGGUAACGUUGUGGGCUCUCGGCCAAUAAAAAGGAAGAAAAAUCUGCAUCGAAUGAUAAUACGGUUUAUGCAAAAUUUGGCCCGAGAGCGGUGUGUGGGAGUAACAGACUGUAUUACUAUGGGGGAUUGGAAAUCAAAGAAUUGAGAACUGCUUAACUUUCACGGCCUGAAAAAAAAUGACGUUUUUCAACCCAAGUGCAAAAGGAUAAAUUAGGUAUUUGUCUUCUUGCAGGAUCACUUGGAUAACUGCAGCAAGUUUCCACUUCCUUGCCCUAACGACUGCGGAGAUUCAGUUCUCAGAGAAAUGGUAACUGCAUUUCAUUUUAGUAUGGGUGACUUCACUGAUGGUAGAGUAAAGUAUCUUCGCACUAUGCAGCUACGGUUUCUCUUCUUGUUUGAAAAAAAAAUUGAAGUUAUCUCCAGUCUUCUAUGAGACAACAAAAGUCUCUUGACGUAUACUUACUUACAUCUUACUUCCGGUCGACGCCUAAAAAACGACGGGAAGAAAACUAACCCCAUGGAGCUCGAUCUCUCAUACAACUUUUAAGAUCUUGAACGUUCUAAAGACCAGUAUCCCCAGCAGUGUGUUUAGGUAUGUAGCUGUCGUACUUCCUCUUGCAGCCCUUCCUUGUGCAGGCACCCAUGUUAUCAGCCGUUGCACUGGAGAACUCUCAUCGCGAAAAACAUUCUCCAGAAAGAGCGAUUCUUCUAUUUUGAAUGGUAGAGGUCACCUCUUUUCGCCCCUUUACCGCUUUGACUACCUUAAAGCUCGCUGUUUUUAACCUUGUCCUUCCAUUAUAUGUUUUUUACCAUUUGCAGCAUUCUUGUAUAAGUUGCAUCCAGGCUUUUUUCUUCGGCUUGACGCAUGGAUAAAUACGAAUCACACGUGAACAACGGAAACAAGUCUUAGUCCUUCAUCAAGUGCUAUACUAACCGGAUCGAGCAUAUAGAAAAUGUAGGAUUGACUGUGACUAUGACCUUUACUUUACAUUCAGACUUGAUCGACAUUUUCAAAACUGCUGACUUGAUAAAAAGCACUAUCAUGAUGAAAGUUAUGCUAAGCACUGGGUCGUGUCUCACCAAUUAUCAAAAUUCAUACUUAGGUCCAAGGCUGCGGGGUUGAGUCUCGGGGAUCACUAAUUCAUUUCUUUUGUUCUAUUCCUCUUAGCCUCAAGGCCAAGUAUGAAUUUUAAUCUUUUAACAAUUCGAAACUGGCCAAUUGAAACGGUUCGCUUAUUUGAUUUUACCAUUUUCUUUUAGAUUCCAAACCACAUUGGCAGCGUCUGUCCCUUGUCUUUAGUGUCCUGCCCGUACGAAGAAAUGGGAUGUAUUGAAAAGGUUUGCUCUUAAUCAAAUUAAUUCUUAAUUUUAGAGGAUUGAAAACAUAAUACAGUAAACACCAUUUUGUAUGCGGGUGUUUACUGUACGUUGUACAUGAGUAACAACACCAACGGGAAACUUCUCAAUUCGGACCACUUUCGGUCUGAGUUAUCGGGCAAAGCCUUUCGUCAUGGCACUAAGAAAAUUACUAGGCAAACAAAAUUUCAUAAGGCAUGGGAUUGUAAAUAUACGCUCUAACUAAAGAUCAUUUGUCUUCUUUCUACAGUUUCAGCGCAAAAACGUGGAUUCACAUCUUCAAUCCGCCAUGCGUGAGCAUCUUGACUUAGCAUGUGUUAAACUUAACAACACACAGGUUCAGUUAAGAAAUACCCAAGAAACAACAAGGAAACUUGAGGAGAAAUUUGAAGCUCUUCAGAGGCAACUAGCAAAGAAAGUGGAUACUGAUAAAGGGGGUGGUAACAAACGGUUUAUUUGGAAGCUCAAUCCGGGUCCUCUGCGUGUGGGAAGAAGAAAUAUCAUGGGAGUAAAGGAAAGUAAUGAAUUCUACACUGGAUGUUAUGGCUACAAAUUAAAAGUGAAACUCCUUCUUGAUUAUCAUUGUGGACCUUUAAGUGACUGGACUUUCAAGAUUGUCGUCGUUUUGAUGGAAGGUGAAUACGAUGACCUAUUACCCUGGCCUUUUAGCAAGAAAAUAACGGUCACACUGAUUGAUCGAAACGAGGAUCUCAAAGAAAGGAAAAACAUUACAAAAUAUUUACGCCCAAAUGGACAUGUGCAGGGAACUAUAUUCUUCGGAAGACCCGGAAUUCAGUAUUCGGAGCUACGCAGUGAGAUACCGCGUUUCUCAUCUUACUGAGAACUUCAAACAAGGAGCUACUUUGCAAAUAACACUCUGUUUAUUCAGGUCGAUGUAGAACCUGAUGACUAGUUAUCACCUUAUUCCGCCGUUCCUUUUCAAGCUAGUGAAUCCACAGGUCUAGAAAUUAGAGGCCUUUUUUUUUUUGGAAGAAAGGGUUAUUCACACUGCACCGACACCGAGUAACUAAAUUACUCUUUUGAGUUUUGAAGCUACGUCUUUAACCCUUGAGUAAUCUCCACAGUCCAAAGUUUAACAAAUUGGGGGCCUUUUUUUAGGAUUAUUCACGUUUCACUCGGUUAGUAUUCUCUGCUUACUGCUGAUGAGAAGAAGUCAUCAACUGACUCUGAACUGAUUUAAAGCUAAAUUUGCACUGAUCGUUUUCUCUUGAAUAUGCGCCCACCCUCGUAGCCAGUUUAAAAAACUGUAUGUAAUACAAAACCAGACAGUGUAUUAAACGGUCAACCACUGUUAACUUUAUAUAAGCGGGUCCUCUAAUAAACCGUCUAUUUUUAAGUUGUAUCAUAUUAGUGCACUGAUUACAUUGUGUGCGGCGCUUAAAAUAGCCUGCGUAGCAAGCGUUUCCGCGCGAGUUCAUCGACAAAGUUGGGACGAGAGCAAAAAAAAUUUUGUUCUUGCUUCCGCUCUAACUUUGACGCAAUAACUCGAUUGGAAACGCUUACUGCGCAGGCUACGCUUAAAAUGGCCUUUUUUUCUUUACGUUUUGAACAAAAAGAGUAUAACAAAGAACUUAGGUUGGACGAACCUGUACUGAACGGUCAACUUGUUUUUAGGUUGGUUUGACUGGACCCCUCUUCUCCAAUUGUCCUAUAACUUUUGGUAAAUAGGAUGGAUGUUGAAAUGAAAAUCUCUUUUACUUAACUACACCAUCAAUAUAAGAGAACAGUCUCUUCUUCCUUAAGCCAGUUACAGAUAUUAUUACCUACAUUCGUUUGAGGUUAUUUCAGUAUGAAGAAUUGGCAAAAAAAUAGCUUCAUCUCCUUGAUGACUAAACCUUAUAAGCGCCUCUCCCCCCUCCCUCUCGAAUAAGCGCGAUUCAUUACGGUGUUGAAAAUAAUUUUCAUUUACUUGAUAGCAAAUAAAAGAUAAAGGAAAAGAAACCGGGGGAGGAUUCAACAAAGUGAUUUUGGUGAGUGAAAUUAAACAAACCCUCUAGUUUGGAUGAGUUCUGGAUGACUUAGGAAUCUAAAACCGGACUUUUGGAUUAAAUUAUUAACUAAUCCACAAGUCUGGUUUUAGAUUCAUAAUCAGUGAGAUUUUCUGAUUUUCGAUAGAGGAAAAAUGGAAUUUUGGGAAUUGAAAAACCGGAUUUGUAAAAUAAUAAGCUGAAAGAAGAGUUUGGUACCCCUUCCACCAAUCUACUCCCUUACCCUUUGCAAUGUUACUCACGGCAAGAUCACUUUUUUAAAUCUUCUCCUGGUUUCUUUUCCUUUAUCUUUCAUCUCCUAUCGUAUAAAUGAAAUUGUGUCGGCUUCGAGUGUUUUGAUUGGCCAUAGUAACGCCGUUACCUCUCAACACUUUCUUUGUGUGCAGCUACAACCUCCUUGACAUAGAUGAAGUCACCAUCCUUGACGUUUUCGUUUUCAGUUUUUAUGUUGCUUUUAUAUUAGCAGCUUAUAUUGCGGUGGUUUAAGAUAUUUGAAAGAAUGAGAAUACAGGCCUUAUCCUAGUUUUCGUGUGCUUUUCUGCGCACGCAAAUGGAUGCUUUUUCGCGUUUGUCUACAUUAGACCGUUCGAUCGACCCCACUCACCACCCCUAAGAGAUCUCUUUAGUCCUUCUAAGUCGCGAGACUUGUAGCUGGCGAUUAAAUUCCAUUCGAGGUCACUUACACAGAAAAUUGUGAUCUGAAACGUUUCGCUUUCGUAACAUCUUGGUGAAGGAGAUUGGCGCAACAUGACGGAAGCUCUACUCAACACUCAGUUACCUUCAGGCUACGACGAGGAGUUUGUGAAUGAAGUUGAAGAUGAUUUUCUUUGCUUAAUUUGUCAGUUGCCGUUGAGGGAGCCUGUUCAAACAAUAUGCGGUCACAGAUUUUGCAAAGCAUGCCUCGAGGAACAUUUGAGAAGGUACGCCUAUCUGACUGAGUUCUCUUGAAUGUUAAAGCUUUAUUUCCACUUUUAAUACAAACUCCCGCAUCGUGUUUCAGUAAACAACUCGCGUACGGACAUCCCAAUACGAAAGAACUCAUGCAGCUCUCAUUUACCAAGUCAAACGACCGUCGCCUCAGCUUAAGGAUUAAUUUUAUGGAGGCCAUGUCUAUGAACUUUAAUUUAGUAAGCUUAAAUAUAGGAGAAAGAAAAGCUGAUACAGUCGUGCUCUUUACUGACCAGUUCAGUUAAGCUUGUUUUCUAUUGAUCAACUUUUGAAAUGACUAGAUGGUUUUUCCUCUGUUGGAGACGGAUAAGUAGCCAUUUUUCGAUGUCAAUGAUCAGUUCAGGAAUGCGGACAAUCCGGUUUCACGUCAUUGAUCUAUGUAUGACAAUCAAUGAUGGUUGCUAUUGCGUACUAACCUGUAGCCUUCCAGAGCAUAAUAGUUCACAGUAUAAUUAGUUUUCAGUCUUAAACGCAAAGAGUUCUUAUCUCUAGUUCAGUGCUAUAAGAUAGUUUUUGGAAUAGAUAGCUUUCCUUUUUCGGACUUUUUUGAACUAGAGCCAAUCACGAUUAUAAGCUCUAUGUAAAGUCACCAUCAUAAAUUGCUACAAAUAUUCUUCCUUUGUACGGAUCGUUAAUGCGUGGAAUAACUUGCCUAAAGAUGUUGUACACGCAGGAUCGCUGACUUUAUUUCGCAACAGAUUAAGGAUUUAUCUGAAUAUUUGGCUUGAUACGAUUGUAAAUGGUUUUAAUUAUGAUAUGCAAACGAUGUUUUUUUUUUCUAGUUUUAAGGUUUUUAGAUUUUUCUAAAAAAAAGUGAAACGAGCGAACCUUAUGCGUAGUUUAUGAAAAUUUUUUAUUAAUUUUUCAGAUACAAUGUGAUUGGCCUAAAAUUACACUUUGAACAUAUUUCCUAACACAGACUGUGUAUUGACAGCGCUUAACCAAUUUUUUUACAAGUAAUUUGUAUAGGUAAUAGCAUGAUUUGUAGUGAUAUUUGGCAUAAAUACCACGAGUGAUAUUUCGAAAUUGUUAUACGUAAUUUCACGAGCCCUUAGGCGAGUGAAAUUUGAGACAAUUUUGAAAUAUCACGAGUUGUAUUUAUUUCAAAUAUCACGUACAAAUCAUGCUAUUAUUUGUUUAUACUACUACCCACAAAAAGUUUGUAAUUUUCACAUGUAGGUAUUUCAAAUUAAGCUGAAAUAUCACUGCUCUAAGCCAAUCAGAUUGCAGAAAUUUCUCAUGUAGUAGUAUAAGCAUGUUAAUUUUUCAUCUGUUGAGUUAUAUUUUUAUUAAUCUAUUUAUUGAUUUAUUAUUAUUACUUCUUAAACUAAAAAACAGACAAGAAGUUCAGAACCAGCCUUGCACCUGCCCAGCAGAUAGGGAAGGCCUGGACCGAGAUCAGCCGGUAAGUGACUAUCAUUUGACUUUACGUGUGUGAUGUUUUUUGGCCUUAUUUAUCAUUAAAGCUAACAUGCAAAUGACACUUACAAGGUAAAAUAAUCGAAACGAGCCGCCACUAAAUGAAAAAAAAAAAAGACAGUUGUUCAAAAUAUUUGCCGUUCAGGAAAUCGUGGCAUUAAUCAUCAUCAUCAUCAUCAUCCCUUUUACUUAAACAUGACAAGAUUGGAGUGAUGUAAGAAAAAUUACAACAAAGGGAGAUAAUAAAAAUAAGGAUAAAUUACAUACAAUAUAAAACUACAAUAAAAAACUCUCAAAAGACUCAAUAUGCAUAAGAUUUAAAAUGAAUUUACAAUAUUAGCUAUCAAGCACUUAAGGGUAAUGUGCUAGAGCAUUUAAAAUAGAAUAGUUAAAAACAUUUAAAAUCAUGAUAUAUAGUGCCCGCCUAUGCAACGACUGAACAGACUGUGCGCUAGAGUCAAGUUCCUAUAUAUGCACAUCUGUCUGAUUUCGUUAAAAUGUGGCUACUAGGUUUUCGCCUAGCGCCGGGCGCAGCCCGGCUCCAGGCCAGCCCGGUGUCCAAAAGAGGGGGCUUGGCGUCUUGGUCGGUACAGCUGGAUAGCCCAGGAACUGCCCUAACAGUAGGUGGGUGGAUCAGGCCUUGUGGUCAAAACUAGUGGGGUAGGGAGGGGGCUGUUUUGACAAAACCCCUUCAGUAAGCAGCAGUGUUUAGUGGAGGCUUUGACUGGCGAGUACCUUGGUCUUAAUUUGCCCUAGCCAGCUGAAUCAGGCCUCUGCUGAGAAUGAUUAUCAUGAUAAUUGCAGAGCUCAGUGAAAGGUGCAAACAGUCACAAAUUGUCCUGAGUGGGGAGAGUCAAAGUCUUGGUACCAAGGACACACUUAGCAUAGGACCUUUAGACACUCAGUGACGCCAUGUUGUCAUAAAUCCAGACAGAUAUAAGUCGUUCUUAAUUUCAGAAAAACGGUCCUUUAAUUCGAAGACAUGUUUCAUAAUUUCAUAUCCCAUUCUUUUGCAAUCUGCUAAAUCUGUAUUGCAUGUUUUAUGUACCCAACUCUGAAAGCUUUUUUCUGUAGCCCCUCAAAGUAACUCGCCGGGUAUUUGACGAGAAGUCAAGACCAUUUUCAGGACAUGUGUUAACACAGGUGUAUAUAGAUCGAGACGAUAUUCCCACCCUCAUAACCAGAAGGGACAGAAAGUGAUAUUGUCCAGACCGGCAGAAGCCGGAAACGGUUCUUUGGGUCUACGUAACAGCUAAUGUAAAAGAACUCUAUGAAUCAUAUUUUUAUUUGAUUGAUCUUGAGUUCUUCGUUUAACUGAUUUUGUUCCUUGUUGUUCUAUAGGAUGUAUUUCCUGACAAGGCAACAGCGAGGAAAAUUUUGUCAAUGGUGAUCAAAUGUCCAAGUGACGGUUGUUCGUGGACUGGUGAACUGAGAGACAAAGAGGUAAAAAAUGAAUAGAUUAUUACUUCCAAGGUGCAGGUCUUUUCAAGCACGCUUCUUAAGUCUUGCACUUAAGAAGCGCUUUCUUUUGUUCCAAAAAAUUUGCAUAUAUGCUGGCCACGUGAGUGAAAACAUAGAAUUAACCGCCAGUAGCUAUAACAAAAAUUUAAUGUAAUAACAGAAAUGUGCACGUGGUAGCAAGGAUUCUGACUGUAUGCGCCUGAAUCGUUGUUUUAGGACAGAUGAUUCAGCAGAAUUACUUCACAACGUUCUGUAUUCCUCAAAAAAAAUUCCCUCGGUACGCAGUCAAAUCUUCUCCAUACCUUACGUGUUUUGCAUCAUCUUUCUGCAAAUCAGGGAAUACGACCAAAAUUUGAAGUCACUAAGUAGUCACCAAGGAAUCUAUCGCUCUUCCACCUGCUCUUACUCAAAGUAAAAUUCCCUACAAAAUUGAAUACCUUAUGGUUAUUAUGUAUCUCUUUCACUAGGAAAGCGUCGUGGAUACUUAACAAGGAGAAGUAGUCCAUAACUGAUGCAGACAAUUUUCAACUAUUUGUUAACAAAAACGAACGGAAUUUUAGCUUAUUUUCCCCAAUGACGUCGAAACAAAGACCCCUUUUCCCCUUGUUUGUUUGGAACUCAAUCACAUCUUUUCCUUUGAUUCUCACAUUUGCUGCUGUUUCGAACAGGCUCACCUGGAAGCUUGCACGUUCAAAAUGGUUGCUUGUACCAACGAACAUUGUCUUGAGCAGGUGAAAAGAAAAGACCUCGAACAACACGUGACAAACACGUGCGAAUGGAGGAUCAUAGAAUGUGAAUACUGUGAAGAACCACACCCAAAGAGGCACUUGCAGGUAAACAAAACUAAAAACAACAGACCCUAUUUUCCACUUCGCGUAUUUUGCAAGAUGCCUCUUUAACCCUCCACAAUAGAUUUUAACAGACGAGCUGAAUGCCUCUUUCGUUUGAUCUUUGACUUGGAUGUGUGAGUGAAACUUUUCACUAGAAGUGCCGUGGACGUCUGUGGCUGCAUUGCAGUGAAACGUCCCGGGCAGUUAUUUCUUUUAUAUAUAUUAUGGUAUUUCGUAAAAAAAGAAAACAAAAAGCAAGUAUAGGUAGCAUUCUGCUUUCAUUUCUCCCACAUUGAAUGCCUUUACUUGGGAAUACAGCACCGCCCAUGCUCAUGAAGACGAUUAGUUAGUCAGCAUUACGCCAUUUUCAAACACAACAGAGCCGAAAACAUAUUGCCCAAGUCACAGACUGUGAAAAAUGCCAUCUCAGGUAUCACUUUCAGGAGGAAACUGAGUGUAUUAUGUGGAAUUGAAAAAUAGAGAAUCGGGUGGUGAAAUUCUGAAAAAUUUCUCUCGGUUUAAUUUUAUACUGCCUGAAAAAAACUUGUUGAUGGUUUUCAGUUUAAGCGCAAAUUACAAUAUUUGUGUGUUGCAGGUUCACCUAGAAAAUUGCAGCAAGAUUCCACUUUCUUGUCCUAACAGAUGUGGAAAAUUAAUUCCUAGAAAAAUGGUACAUGCACUUCAUUUCAGUUUAAGUGAGGUCAUUGAUGGUAGAGUAGUGGUAUAUAUCGCAAGCGUGGCUACUGUCUGGUACCAGCGAGUAAGGCUCUUAGCAAUGUCUCUGUUUUCACAAGUUAAAAGCGAUCUCCCUUAUAAAUAGACAACAAAAAGUCUAAAACGUCUUAGCUAAUACAUAUAUAUAUAUAUAUAAAUGAAUAUACCUAAAUAUAUAAGUAAAUAAUAACACAAAUUAUACGCGAUGAGCUAUACGAUAUGGUGUCAGGUCGUAGUCCUUGAUGCGUUGUGAUUAACCAAAGCGGCCGAAAUAGAGGCUUGAGCGGGAUUAGGAUCCCGAACUUUAAAACACUUUUCUUCAGAAGUCAUCCUUGGAGAUCCAGGGGCAAUCAGUCGGGUCAAAAGAAACGGCGCUACGAGAAUUUUCAAGUAAAGGCGGAAGAGCCCUUUCCACCCGUGCUUAGAAACGUUUCCUCUUGACCCGACUCAGUGCCCCUGGACCUUUGCGGAUGAUCUGAUGAUCUGAUGAUCUUUGCUUAGCAUUGGGUCUGUUUAUUAAGUCAGUUUGCUUAUUUAAUUUCAUUAUUUUCUUUUAGGUUCCAAACCACAUUGAUAACGACUGUCCCUUGUCUUUAGUCUCCUGCCCUCAUGCUCAAAUAGGAUGCACUGAAAAGGUUUGUUCUUGACCAUUAACUUUUUAAAUUUAUUGUGAAAGCUAGUUUACAGGCACUCCACUAAAAAAAUAAUUCGUUACAAAUAAUAAUCCAAAUAGAACAUAACAAGAUAAAAAAAAACCACAACAGGCUGCACACGACCAAUUGGCGAGGAACGACCGAGAACAAAUCCAGCUACAGCUGUAGUGGCCAUAGAAAGACUUAAAAACACUUACUGGGUUAACAUAAACUUUCAUAUGCAUUAGACUACAAAAUCUUUCUUAGUUAAAUUGACUCUUCGUUGAGCUACACACCUUUUCUUUUUCCUUUUUGUCUUCUUUUCUCUUCUUUCGUUCUUUUUUUUUUUUUUAAAUUAAUCCAGAUUUUCAUUCAGUACCCUUAACUUGUAUGGUUUACCCUAUAGUUCCAGGAGGCCUAUAGUUUAUAAGCCCCCGGCUUCUAUAUAGGCUUCCUUGCCUUUACCACAUUUGAUCUUGUAAAUAAUUUAGUUGGAAUAUUGUAUAUUAUCUGUAAAGUAUUUCUGUAUACUGUUGUCGUAUUUCUGGUUAAUGGCAAAAUAAAUGAUUGAAUGAAUGAAUGAAUCUAUAAGCUGUUUUCUGAGGUAAUCUGUCGUCUUUCUCCAGUUUCAGCGCAAAAACGUGGAUCCUCAUCUUCAAUCAAACACCCGAGAGCAUCUUGACUUAGCCUGUGUUAAACUUAACAGCACACAGGUUCAGUUGGAUGAGACACGAGUUCAGUUGGAUGAGACACGAGCUAAAUUAAACCGUUUAACCCAGGAUCAGUUAACAAUCAUAAAGGAAUCUCAAGAAACAAAAAUAAAAUUUGAGGAGAAUUUAGAGGCACUUCAAAAGCAGAUAAAUACUAUGCUCGUGAAAAUAAAUGCAAAUAGUGCGGGCAAUACACUUUUUAAGUGGAAAAUUACAUCUUUUUUGAGUGAAUUUAUGAAGCUAAAAAACAGGGAGGGGCAUAAAACGAUAGAAAGCGAUCCAUUCUACACUGCAUUUCGUGGAUACAAAUUAAAAGUGUUUGUCGAUCUUAAGUACAGCGGAACGUAUGGUCGACAACUCUCGAUCGGUAUCAGAUUAAUGGAAGGUGAAUAUGACGACCUAUUACCCUGGCCUUUCUCGUUGACAAUAACGUUCACAGCGUUUGGACGAAAUAGGUAUGAGAAUAAAGAGGUAACCGUUGUAAGACAAUUGAGCCCAACUAAAGAGAAUUUAAGUUUCCCAUUAUUCUCGCGGAGACCAAGAGGAGGUUCGACAGCUGAUGGCUGGGUAGAGAGUUUCCUAAACUUAUUUAAUCUUCAAGAUGGGUGCUACAUUGUAAAUGACACUCUGUCUCUUCAAGUCGAUGUAGGAAGACCUUAUGCCAACCUAAACUGUUCAACGCCUGGGUCUAGAGGGUUACCCGCGUAG